CAACAACUUCUCAAUGUUCACAAUCUUCCUUCUUUCGAUAAACAUGCACAAAAUAUUAUUGAUCAUUUAAUCAAAAUUCUACAAAAUCCAUCAUCAACUAAUCCAAAUGAUGAUGCACUGAUUAUUGUUGCAUUAAAAACAUUCUGUAAUUUAACGAAAAAUUCUGAAAUUCGUAUGAUUAUGAAAAAACGUCGUUUAAUAUAUCUCUUCAAUAGAUAUACUGAUAUUGAAAUGGGUGAAAAACGAAAGUUAGCAUUUGAAAUUCUGGCAGAAAUUAUGGAUGAACAAGAAGUUAACGAUAAUUCAAGUGAAAUAACUUCUAUUUUUAUUGAUCAACUCAAACAACUUAAUCAAAAUGAAUAUAAUCCAAACCUUGAUAAUACAUUAUCAAGUCUCAAUGCAUUGAUACAACAUGAACAGAUAAAAAAUGAAUUUAUUAAACAAGAUGGUCUCGAAAAAUUCAUUACAUUUAUUCGUGAUGGUGAUCCAAGUAAACAAUCUAGUAAACAGUUAGAAGAUGCUCUUAAAAUACUUUGGUCAUGUACAUUCAACAAUCCUGAAGUGUUGAACAAACUAAAACAAGAUCAAAAUUUAAUGACUCGUGUCAAUCAUUUACUUGAAAUAUCAAGGCAAAAUAAAGAUACUACAUUAGAAAAGGCAGCUGAAGGUCUCAUUUGGAAAGUAGAAAAAGAAGAAAAAUUCAUAGAAGAACAAAUUGCUGAAGCAGAAAAGAAAAAACGAAAAACUCAAGAAACUGGCAUUGAAGAAGAAGAAGAAGAAGAAGAAAAAGAAGAAGAACAAAAAUAUGAUUUUAUGAUAUCUUAUUCAUGGGCUGAUAUUGACUUAGCUCAUCGUAUCUUUAACUAUUUAACUGAAAAACUUGGUUAUAAAGUUUGGCUUGAUCAAGAACAAAUGCAUGGAUCAACAAUCCAAGCAAUGGCAAAUGCAGUUGAAAAUGCUGAAUUUAUUCUAAUGUGUAUGUCAGAAACAUAUAAACGAAGUGCAAAUUGUCAAUCUGAAGCUGAAUAUGCAUUUAAUCGUAAAAAACAUAUAGUUCCAAUUAAGAUGAAAAAAGAUUAUGUAGCAGAUGGAUGGUUAGGUUUUAUAUUAGGUACUCGAAUGUAUAUUGAUUUCGGUACAUAUGAUUUCGAUAAAGCAAUCCAAUUACUUGAAAAUGAAAUACGAUUGCAGAAGAAAAAGCGUAAAGAUGCUAAAGAAGCUGCUAAAAUGGAAAAGAAAAUUGAAAUAGAUAAUCAAAAUAAGAAAAAUGUAAAUGAAGAAAUUGAAAGUCACCAUAAUGGAAUAGAAGAAGCAAUGAACUUCGAUAAUAUUUUAAAUUGGAAUGAAAAUGUUGUACGAGAUUUUCUCAUGAGAAAAAAUCUUUCAGAUUUUUUACCACUUUGUGAUGGAAUUAAUGGUAAUGAAUUAAACAAUUUAUAUGAUAUGUGUAGAAACAAUUCAGCGUUGAUGUAUGAUGCAUUAACAUCUGAACUUUUAAAACUUCACGAUAAAUUUUUACCAAUUUCUACUUAUCUUCAUUUUAUGAGUCGUCUAGGUGCUGUUUGUGCUGAUAAUUUACCUUUAAAUCCAUUGAUUUAUAGGAAAUACUUGGAAGAAUAUUUACACGAUGAUGAAUAA